AUGAGACCUAAAGAAUCAGAUGUAUAUAAAAGAAUUCGAUUGCUUGGACAAGGAUCGUUUGGAAAGGCUUAUCUUUGUGAAUGUUUGAAGGAUCAUUCAUUGUGUGUGAUUAAGUAAAUGGAUAUGAGAUACUUAAAUGAUUAAGAGAAGAAAGUAAUUUACAAAGAAAAAUGUAUUAGGAAACUUAUAGAGAAUUCCGAAUAAUGUCUGAAUUAAGACAUCCAAAUAUUAUAAAUUUUAGAGAGGUUUAUAAAACAGUAAAGGGUAAAUUAUGUAUUGUAAUGGAUUAUGCUGAAGGUAAUGGAUCAUGAUAACUGUUAAUUAGGAGGUGAUUUGGCAUAAGUAUUAAAGAAGACAGAAGGAUAUAUAGCAGAGUCAAGAAUUUUAGAUUGGUUUACAUAAAUCUGUCUUGCAAUAAAACAUUGUCAUGAUCGUAAGAUUAUUCAUAGAGAUAUAAAAACAUAAAAUAUGUUUCUAUCAAAAGAUAUGAGAAUUCGUUUGGGAGAUUUUGGAAUAGCUAGAUUAUUAAAUAAUACAAGAGACAAAGCAAAAACAAUGGUUGGUACUCCCUAUUAUUUGGCACCUGAAUUAAUAGAAAAUAAGCCGUAUAGUUUUAAAGGUGAUAUUUGGUCACUUGGAGUAAUACUCUAUGAAGUAAAUCAAUAAAUAUUAAUAUAUAUAGAUGUGUGCUAAGACUCCUCCUUUUACAGCUGAAUCUUUAGCUUAAUUAGCUUUAAAAAUAGUGCGUGGUUAAUUUUAAGCUAUUCCAAAUAUUUACUCUCCAUAAUUAAGAACGUAAAACUAAUCUUAUAAUUAAACAAAGAUAGCCUUGUGAAUUAGCUUCUAACUGUAAAUCCUGAAAAAAGACCAACAGUUCAUUAAAUACUCAAGAUGCCUAUCAUCACUAACAGAAUUAAGAAUUUCCUAUCAGAAACUAUGAAAAGAAGUGAAUUCGAUCACACUAUUUUACAUAAUCAAUAGAUUCACUUAUCUGAUAUUACCAUACCUUUAAUUGAUGAUUAGGAUGCAAAAGCUGAUUUAACAGAGUAAACAUCAAAAGAGAAUCACUUUAAUUAAUUGCCAGGAAUCAAGGGUCCUCUAUUCAAUUAACAGAAAUAACGAAUAAGUAAUGAUUAGAAGAAAUUACCUGAAAUUAAAUUAUCUAAACCAGAAAGACCUCCAAUAACCAGAUAAUAAACUAAUAGAUAAUAAUUUAAUCAUCUACCUAGUUAAAGAGCAUAACCAUCUACUCCUGAUGUAGGAAUUAAUAAUAAACAAAAAAAUGGUCGAUUUAUUACAAAAGAAAGUCCUGAUUCUCAUCAAGGUUCCGAUUAAGUUAUUGAUGAAGGAACUAAAAAUAGUGAAUAAGAGAGUCCUAAAUUCUUUAAAAAAAAUAUUGAAAUUAAACCUCAUAUCAAAAAUAUUAAGGGUCUUACUAAACUAGAUUAAAUUUAAAAAAUUAAACUUGGAUUGAAAUCAGAAGAUGAAGCCAAAAAACCUAUAUAUAGACUUCAUGCUUAACCAAAAAUUGUAGAAUAAAAAAAAUUAAAGGAACGCAAAGUUUCUGAAGAAAUCUUGACAAAUCAUUAAAAAUAUGAAGAUUCUUAAAAUUAAUAACAUCGUUUGGAAAAAAUUUCAGAAACUCCUGAAUAAAAAUUACUCAAUUAAUCCACAAUUAGUGAUUUCUAAAACUCAGAAGAAAACAUAGAUUAAAACAAAAAAUAAAGUAUUAUGACACCAGCUUUUUAAAUUCAAAUGGAAUAAUAAUUUCAAGUACAUGAUAUUAUUUAAAAGAAACCAGAGAAAAUUAUUAAAGAGUCAAAUUCUAAAACUGACGAAGAGAUAAACAAGAAAAAAAUAUACAAAAUCAUUUAUAGAGAUCCUUUUCAAAAGAAACCUCAACCACAGAAACGCAAUAGCGAAGAAGAUAUGAAAGAAAUGAUUAAUGAACUGUAAAAUGUUAUUGUAAAUAAUAACAUCUAUAAAAUAGUUGUAAUAAUAAAAAAAAUAAGAAGAACCAAAUGUACAAAUUGAAGUUGAUUCUGAAGAUUCAAGAGUCUAUUCUGAAGAAUCAAGUGAAGAUCUCAGAGAGGAUGCUGAUACUUUACCACCGCAAACACAAGUUAAUACAUGGAUGUAAAGUAAUUCUGAGGCAGUGAAUAUUUCAAAGUCAUAGCCAGAACCUAGAAGAAAAAAUAAUAAUAAUUAAAAAAGUCUAAAAGAAAAAUUAAUUGAUGAAUUAGGAAAUAAUUUUGAAUAAUUAUACAAGUUAGCAAAAUUAUGUACCCAUAAGGAGGAUUUAGGAAAAUAACAUUUAAAAAUUGUUAUAAUUGAGAAUCUUAGAUUAGAUGAAAAUAGAGCUGAAAUAUGUGCAACUCUUUUGGUUACAUUAGCUACAAUCGGUUACUGAUAUAUUAAAACUGUAAGUGGUUAUAAAGUUUUGAUUAUUAUAUAUUUUAUUAAAG